AUGGAAGCGGAGCCAGCGGAGCCGCGCUGGACCAUCCACGUUGCGCUGCCCAGCGGUCGCUCGGCGCCGGUGCCAGCGGCACCCAGCUGGAGCCUCGCGCAACUCCGAAUCGAGUCCAAGCAGCUGCUGGGCGUGCCGCAUGGCCUUCGACUGGUGGAAACUCCUGACGAGACGCGCAGCCUCCAAGACGCGCAGCUCUGGGACGGAGCAGUGGUCCAGGCGGUGGUCGAAGCCGUGAGGCUGAGCGCCACUGAAGGCGCCUUUGCUAUGUGGUACCGCGGUGGUGGGGUGGUCACUUGGGGAAUGCCUGGAGCUGGAGGAGACUCCACCCAAGUGCAAGAUCAGCUGUCCAAUGUUCAGCACGUCCUUCCUUUCCGCCGUGCUUUUGCCGCCUGCUUGACCGACGGAUCGUCCGUGGCCUGGGGCCAUGCCGGAGCUGAGAGCUGUCCAGAUCGAGAGGUGCUGAGCAACUUGAGAGAGAUCCAUGCCACCGACGAAUCCUUUGCGGCAAUCUCGGGAGAAGGCUUUUUGGUGACCUGGGGCCAUCCCCGCCGGGGCGGCACAGCACCCAGACUGGAGGGCCCCAGCAUCCGGCAGCUAGUGGCAGCCGAGAGCGCCUUUGCAGCGGUCUUGGACGAUGGAGCAGUGGUGGCCUGGGGGGCAGAAGAAGCUGGCGGUGAUAGCAGCGAGGUUCAAGAGCAACUGAAAAAUGUGCAAGAGCUGGAGGCUUCUUCGAAUUCGACGUCAUUUGCUGCCCUUUUGACCAAUGGACGUGUGACCACCUGGGGCGAUGCCUCCUUUGGUGGCGACAGCAGCUCUGUUCAAGACCAGCUGAAGAACGUCAAGAGCAUAAAAGCUUCAGCGAUGGCGUUUGCAGCCCUUUUGGCCAAUGGGCAGGUGGUGACCUGGGGGGAUCCUAGCACAGGUGGCGACAGCAGUCGUGUCCAGCACGAACUGAAAGAGGUGCAGAAACUGGAAGCAACCAGUUCCGCUUUUGCGGCCAUUUUGUCCACGGGGCGUGUAGUGACCUGGGGCUUAUCCACCGCAGGAGGCGACAGCAGCUCCGUCCAAGCGCGGUUGCUGGACAUCACGGAGGUGCGGGCCACUGGCAGCGCCUUCGCCGCGGUGACGACGACCGGUCAGGUGGUCACCUGGGGCAAUGCGGCAUUUGGAGGUGACAGUGGGCAGCUUCAGGACCUGGAGGUGGUACAGCUUGAAGCCUCCAAUGGUGCCUUUGCUGCCUUAUGCUCCGAUGGCCGCUUAGUGACCUGGGGUCACCCUGACUUCGGUGGAGAACAGAGGGUCCAGGCGCAGAUCCAAAGGCUGUGA